CCUGGGUCCCGAGCAGUCUGUGCAGGAGAGGUGGAAAAUGGAGCAUCAGGUGUGGAUGGACUUUCUGCGAGACAGCAAGAGCACUGUACACAGUCUGAGCGCUGGGCAGCAUGAGAAACUUGCCGAAACAGUCAAAAAGCUUCAGAGAAAUAAGGAGAAGAGGACUGUUGGAUCAGAGCUCAUAAACACCUUGGCAUUUUUCAAGCAUACAGUUUCAGGACUCGGCUCUUCUCCGCAAGGAGAGCACACUGGAGGGAAUGGCUGCUGUGUCUCUGACCAGAUGCCAGGACCCAGUGACAUUCGAGGAUGUGGCCAUAGUUUUCACAGAUGAAGAGUGGAGGCAUCUGGUCCCUACUCAGAGGGACCUCUACAAGGAGGUGAUGCUGGAGAACUACAAGAGCAUCGUCUCAUUGGGACUUCCAAUACCUGGACCUGAUGUGAUUUUUCAGUUGAAGAGAGGGGAUGAGCCUUGGCUAGUGGAGUUUCAUGGAUUUGAGGGGAAAGAAGGUGCAGAGAAUGUCUCUUUAGAUUGGGAGACUAAGCCUGAGAUUCAAGGUGCUUCAGAAGAAGAAAAAUCAGAAGGAUCAUUGAAGGAAAAGCUUGGAAGAAAAGGUUCUCCAUCUCCUAAAUUUGAAGUUUAUGCACUGGAUGGCAGGUUGGGAACAGAGAAGGAAAGCCCUACAGUUGAGGCCUGCAAGAAACCCCCUUCUCUGGAGGAAAGCUUGCGGCACAGGGCAACCCCUCCCAAGAAAAUUCUCACUAAAGAGAGAGACCAGGAAUGCAGCAACUGUGGUAAGGCUUUUUUUGACCACUCCUCCCUCAUCCGCCAUCAGAGGACUCACACUGGUGAGAAGCCCUAUGACUGUCCCGAGUGUGGGAAGGCCUUCAGCCACAGGAGCAGUCUCAGUAGACACCUGAUGUCGCAUACAGGAGAGAGCCCCUACGAGUGCAACGCCUGUGGGAAAGCUUUUUUCGACCGUUCGUCCUUGACUGUACAUCAGCGAAUUCAUACUGGAGAGAAACCCUUCAAAUGCAGUGAGUGUGGAAAAGCCUUCUUUGACCGCUCGUCCCUUACCCGCCACCAGAGGAUCCAUACUGGAGAAAGUCCUUAUGAAUGUAACCAGUGCGGGAAAGCCUUUAGCCAGAAAAGUAUUCUUACGCGACACCAGCUAAUCCACACGGGCCGGAAGCCGUAUGAAUGUAAUGAGUGUGGGAAAGCCUUCUAUGGGGUCUCGUCACUGAACAGACAUCAGAAAGCCCAUGCUGGAGAGCCUCGCUACCAGUGCAGUGAGUGUGGGAAGGCUUUCUUUGACCGCUCCUCCCUGACUCAGCACCAGAAGAUUCACACUGGAGACAAGCCAUAUGAAUGCAGUGAAUGUGGGAAAGCCUUCAGCCAGAGGUGCCGGCUCACGCGACACCAGAGAGUUCACACAGGAGAGAAGCCGUUUGAAUGCAGUGUGUGUGGGAAAGUCUUCAGUUCUAAAUCAUCAGUUAUUCAGCAUCAACGGCGUUACGCCAAACAGGGAAUAGACUGAGUGGAGCGAAAGCUUUAGUCCAAGGACCUCCAUGAAAACUCAAGACCCCUCUUAAAUCCAUCACCUGGUUAUCACACCUAUGCUGGCUACCCCCUCCUUUUUCUGCCUCUCUGCACCCACAGUGUUUGAAGGAACACUGUCCACCCACUGUGUUACAGAGUUAAUGUGGGAUGACAGAAAUUAGAAUGUGACUUUAAAGAGUCAGCAUCCUGAAGACAUUUGUCAGACACUAGGGACAAAGGUUAGGAGGCAAUCCUCAGACAAACCUCUUGUCCGAAGCCCCAGGCAUCAGUGCACUUUAUGUAACUGGAGGCCACAGCUGGACAGGAAAGGCACACUUAUGUCAGAGCAGCACUGUUGUUUCCAGAAGUUCUUUUUUUAUAGCCGUUAGUCCCUCUCUCUCGGAGGAGGAUUUUGGGCACUGACCUUGUCCUGUUGUGUGCCAGCAUCUAGAUCUCUUAAUACUACUACUAGUAGCUAGCACUUAUUGAGCGCUUAUUAUGGAGUAAGCACUCAGCUGAGAGUUUUGCAAGGAGUAAAUCAUUUGGUCCUUUCAACAACCCUCUGAAGUAGGUACUGUUACUCCCCACAAUUUACAGAUGAGCAAACUGAAGUUUAAAGAGAUUAAAUAACUUGUCCAACGUAACGGCUAGUACAAGGAAAGUCAGGUCUUGAAUACAGGGCUCCCUUCAAAAUCUCUUUACCAUGAGGCUAUAAGGUUUGCUUUAUAAUUUAUGUAUGUGUAUUAUCUGCUAAACUAGAUUGUACACAGAGGCCUGACUUACAUGUCUUUGUAUCUCACACAGUGCCUUGCAAAUAGGUGCUCAAUAAAUAUUUAUCUGAAUUAAUAACAUUUUGACUUACCAAGUUCUAUUUAAAACACCUCUUAGCUUCACAGCCUUUCUCUGAAUUUCAGUCUCACCUGUACUUUUGUCAUCUUGGGCUUCUAUUACUGUAGUAGUCACUCCCUGAUCUGAAUUCUUUCCUCCUCUUUAUUGAGGAGGGGGCUAUCAAGCUAUGGCCCAAUAACAGACAAACCCCAAAUAAACAAAGAUUCAUUUCUCACAUAAAAUCAGAUGAGUCAGUCUUUCUUCCUCACCCUCAUCAUUUAGAAUAUGUUGCCUCCAAUGUCAUCAUGGGAGACAUUUUGGGAUAUUUUUAAGGGCCAUCACUUAUAAAUCGGAACCCAGCACCAAAAGGCUAGAAGGUCAACAGGCACCUCAGUAAUUGGUUAAUAUCAACAGCCCCUGUCACAGGUUACAUUUUUCCAUAUCACUGUUAGGUCAGCCUUUCCAAGUGACCCCCUUCCUGCCCACCAUUGCCUUAUUCAAGGCCUAAAAUAGCUCCCUGUUUAAUGAAGGUGUCUCUAAAUAUUUAAGUCUGCCCUGACAUGACCCUGCAUUACUCAACUUGAAGCCCUGACUCCCCAGAUCCUUCUGUUCCCUGUUGUUUAGUCACUGAGUCAUGUCUGACUCUUUUGACCCCAUGGACUGUAGCCCACCAGGCUCCUCUGUCCAUGGGAUUUCCCAGGCAAGAAUACUGGACUGGGUUGCCACUUCCUUCUACAGAGGAUCUUUCCAACCAAGAUCUUGAACCCAUGUCUCCUGCACUGCAGGGUGAGUCUUUACCACUGAGCCACCAGGAAGCUAUAUUUCCUGGGCCCUGCCCUAUAUUUUUAUUUUCUUGAAGGUGAGGCACCAGGCAACUUUGAUUCCAGGCAUCUGCAUUCCCUUUCUGUUUACUCAAGGGUGAAGCCCAGAAGACCUGAUUCUGAAAGACUGUCUGGAAUGUAGCUACCCUGCAUAAACCCUAAUGGACCAAGAUCCAUUUCUCCCUGGGAGUUGAAAUCUAGUUCAAGAAACUGGAUUGCCAAACAGACCCUUCCCUAAUCUACUCAACCCUACUGGUCUACCUGUCUUAAAGCAGAGGAACAGCAGAGAAGGUUUUUCACAUGUCGACUUUCAAAGCAACCUGAGUUAAAACCAGAGUGCAGAAUCUGUUGGAGUGGAUAAUAUGUGCUAUUAUUUAAUAAUGUCAAGUAGAAAAUA